CGGUGGCGGUGUGUAGUAGGUAUGAGCUCGGUCGCCACUCCAAGAGUCAGUCAAGUUGAUUCAGUCAUGUUGAGCGGUUCGUAUGUCUCGUAGCUCGCGAUUCGACUAAAAAUUCCCUCCAAGUUUUGGAUAGAAAAUUUUAGUGUGUGCAAAUGUGUCAAUAUUGAGUGACUUGAAACGAACUAAGAAGUUUUCCAAACUUUUGUUUAUGCUGGAAAAAAAAUCCAGAGUGCAUAAAAAAAAACAUUGAAGAGGAAAGAGAAGUGGAGAAGAAAAUCAAUUUUCACUUGUUCGUGAAGCCACAAAAUUUGAACUCUUUCCAAGAAGUGAAUGGGAAUGAAGAAUAAGGGAUUACUACCAUCGAGGGAACUCUACUGUAUUCUCCAUUUUUAUUGUGUAUCGAUAAAAAUUUGCGCAGAAUUCGGAUUGAGAAAUUGCAACAAUCUUACAUCGAAAUUGAGGAAUGAAUUAAGUGAAAAUGCUAAAGGAACUAGAGAUAGUGCAUUGAAGUAGAUAAAAAACGGGGUUCUCUAAAGAACACAUAAAACGAUAAGAAAGAUUGCUCUUGUGUGAAGAACAAGUGCAACCAAUUGGUGAGUGAGGAUCAUUGGAGAUCACCCUCAAUUAGAAGUCAACGGCAGGCGUAUGCUCGCACUUCCUGGUACAAUAAAAGUGGCUACAUCGACUUUUCCAACUCACCAACUUUCCGUUAAGUGGGAUGUUGUUUUCUCUUCUGGACUAUAAAAUUAAAAUAGGCACCUUCGGUAUCUUUUAGCAUACCUAUUUACCCUUUUUUUUUCUUCAUGGAAUUAUGCUGCACCUCAGCGGCAAAUUGUGAGUUGUGGAUUUGAUUUUUUUUUAUAUACUUACAACAUAAUUCUCUUCCACACUGUGUCAAUUAGCGACACGAAGAAAAAUAGACUGAUUACCUGUGUGGUGGAAAAAGUGAAUUUCUGGAUGAGAGAAAGAGGCCGAAAAGCAAGUAAAUUUUCUCUUGUGUGACUUACUAGAAUACUUUGUGAGUGGAAUCUUGGAGAAAAGAGUGUUGUUUUUCGUUGGUACAAAUUUUUCCUCGAGAGUGGCGUUGGCGCGCGCUCCAAAAAACGGUACCACCCAUUAAAAUACCAUCAUAAUCGACAAAUCCAACCGCACUGACGCUAUAUAUGCUAGCUUGAUCCUAUGUGCAUUUGUCGUUUAUGCUGCUGCGCGCCCGAUAAAAUACAAUUACGCGACAGUGACCUAAUUUGGUGUGUUUGUUGGAUUUUUGCCGCGCAAAGAACAUUAUUUUCCUUUCCAAAGACUUGCUAAUCAACACGGGGCGUGUUACACACAGUUAGGUUGGCAUCACAGCACACAUUUAUUCAUCAGAUGCUCAUAGAGUUGAAGACCUGAACGCGAGGUAAAAAUUCCCGCUUCGAUCCACCAGAGAGGACGGCAUACAAAACAGCCGCACCACCAGUUAGUUCACAAAACGUGACGGCAUCUCUGCAAGGUAUCACACAAAAAUAAUAAUUCAGCAUUCUUGCACACAUUGUAAAUGACCACGGUGAAAAUUGGGGUAUCUGGGCUGUAGGAUCGGAACAAUUGGCGAAGACAAUUGAGCACCAUUGACUCACACAGUGAACUUUUGAAAGUACCUAAAGAAACAUUCCGAUGUUGCUCUUUGAGGAAAAUCAGUCGCAACAAUCUAUCGGAAGUAGUACAAUGACUUCAAAUGCAAAUCACGAAGGUCGCGAUGAAGUUGAUUUUGUCGUACGAUCAUCGUAUGGGAGUACAGAGAAGAAAUCACCAGAUCUGAUAAGUCAUACAAAUGGUGGUUUACCGCAUCUAAUUAAGGAGAUCACAUCAAAGGACAGCGGUGGGGAGAAGAAGAAAAAAGCCCAAGAGAAGAUCCCAAUAAAAUCCCCCCUUGAGCGAUUACCAAUCUUCAGGAGUCACAUGAAGAAGGCAACGACGGAGUGUGCCCAGAAGGAAGUUAGACCAAAGUUGUGCAAAAAUGGAACAUCAAUUGCCGCUCGGCUCCUUGGGAAUACCUACAACACCGCCACGGCAACGGCAAAGAAGCGAUCAUCACUGAAACGAUCGACCCCUGUUUCGAGGACAACGAACACAGAGCGCUUCCACAAAUGCGUGGACAUUGGUGGAUUUGAGGAGGCACAGUACCAGAGUAUUGAGGGGCAUCAUGAUCGUGAUAUCAGUGCAAGAGCCCUGAGAUCCCUAACAAAGGGCCUGGGGAAACUCCUGCGACGUCGCACCGAUAGCGUCAACAUCAGCACUCCUGAUCCCGAGUAUAAAGUCUCCUACCUUGGCAACGUGCUCACCGGCUGGGCGAAAGGAGAAGGUUGUGUGGAGAAACCCAUGUCGACGCUAUGGCGAAAUUAUGUGCAACACUACAAGCCCGAAGUUGUAAUGAGGAUCAAGGUGUCCUCGUCGGGUCUCAAGGCGACCACAAAGCAGCACGGAUUGACUGAGUACUGGAGUCAUCGGAUAACACACUGUGCAGCUCCGGAGAACUUCCCAAAAGUCUUCUGCUGGAUCUAUCGCCACGAAGGGAGGAAGCUGAAGCACGAACUUCGGUGUCAUGCCGUACUUUGUUCCAAAGAAUCCAUCGCCAGAGAUAUUUCUGUCACACUACAGAAUAACCUUUUCAAGGCACUCAAGGAAUUUCGGCAGGAUAAAAUUUCACGACAGAACGCCAGGUUGAGUCUGGCAAAUUCUGUGUAUGACAAUCCCACAAUACCACGGCGAAAGAUGCUGCUGAGUGUGGGUGGGAAUAACUACAAACCCCCGCUGGAGAGAUCAAAAUCAGCUCCAAAAUUGAUGGCCAUCGAGGAGGAUGUUGGUGAAGAGGAGGGUGCUGCGAAUGAGACUGAAACGACCGAUACGAGGGCAUGCUGCCGCGAGGAUUCCCUGUACCCAGCCAUGACAUUGGGCAAGCGGAAAUGUCGCCGUGGGCACUCAAUUCGUCGUACCGGAAGACGUGGUGUCAGCUUCAAGAUGCCAAUAAUGGAGGAGAAUAACAAUGACUGCACUGAGGAGGAGCUCUAUGGGCAGAUGGAUACCAAAAAUAGUUUUAAGACAUCCACCAAUGGGGGUGGUAGUGAUGAGGAUUUCGACAGUUUACUCGGCAAUGAACCACUUAUUGGGGAACUAAUGUCGCUGUUUGAGAUGAAAUUGCGACCACCACCAAAGACACUGAGUCUGUCGGAUCUUCUGGAUGCCGAUGAUGCAGAUCGGCCCGCAACACCCGUUAAGAUGAACCGAAGUCUCGAUGCUCUCGAUAAGUACUCAGAUUCCGAAGAUGAGGGGACGUGUUUCAAUCAGAACGACAUCCUCGCAAUGCUGCGCAAGGAAUCGGUGAGAUGUUCAAGCCCUGAUAGUCAAACGAAUGAACUCUACGGGGCACUGCGACAGCGAUCGGGGUCACCGUUGAGACUCAACGAAUCCCUGCGUAGUCAUAAAUUAACCCCCGUGGCGGCGGGGGAGAGCGAUGAACCGCAACAUCCGGGCAAGAAGGUGGCACUUGAAUCUCCACCAGCUAUGCUGCGUCUAUCUACGGGCCUGGUGCACCUGGACAGCGAUGAGGGGAGCAUCUCAAGUGGAUGCGAAACAGCGAGUACAGUUACAGCCAAUACGGAUGAGAUGAAUGCCAAAAAUACCUCCGUGGAGGAUGAUGUGGUACUCCUGGAGCCAGUUGGGGAGAAGAAUUCCCUGGAGGAGCUACCCCAGGCAUACCGACGAAGUGUCACCUUCCCGCCUGACCUGAAAUCCCUCGACCCCAUUGACUCUGAUUCGGAAUUCAGCGAUGAAUCUGGAUUCAGUGAUUUCCAGGAGAACUCCCACAAGACUCGCAGCAAAGCCAUCGUAGCUUAAAGAUAGUUACCGCGUGCAAAUGUUGGGGAGUUUUUAAAUGCAAAAAAGGAGCAUCUCUAUAAAAGAAUUCGUAGACGAAAUUUAUUUAAAAUUUAUAUUUUUUCAGCAUAGGCGUUGUGAUAGUCAUACCUAGUAAAGGAGGGGGAUUAGUUUUUGUAUAAUGAAUGCCCCCUCGUUGAAAUGCUGUUAUCAUAAAAUUAUUUAAAAUGCAUGGGUAAUGUUUCCUGAUAUUCUUGUUAGACUGCUGCACGUUGUUAAGUUGUGAGGAGAGAGAGAGAGAGAAGGUGAAAAAAUUAAGUAAUAACCGCAUAGAUGUAAUAAUUUGGAACAUUUGACCUUUCGAUGUAAUAGAAGAGAUUGGCAGAAUAUGUGAGAAAAUAAUGUAGAGAAGAAGUUUAAUUUAAAAAAAAGUAGUAGAGGAUCAUAUUUAGUUGCGGGAGGGGGUUGGGCAGUGAAACCAAAUAAUCAUACUGGAAGAAAACUCAAAAAAAAAACUUCAAACUAAUUUUCGUAAGAUUUGUUACUAAAGUACAUUGUUUAUUUUUUUUGGAGGAAAUUACACAAUGUUUUUUUUUAAAGAAAAUAAAUAAACUAUUAUAGCUAUAUAUUAUAUAUUGUACCUUCAACAAAAAUGGAAUCUUGUAUUCAAACAAAAUAAAUUUUAAUGUAUGUACCUCUCUA